CCAUAAACAGCAAAGAGAGCAUGUUGGUGAAGGUGGCAUCUGCCUCUCGCUCUGUCUCGCCGGGGUGGCUGAGUGUAGCAGUAGGAGCUGCAUUUGGUAGGUGUAGCUGUGAAUUCCCAUAAACACUCUGCCGUGUUGUGGUUGUUCGUUGGCAGUACGAGCUCGUUGAGAAUACAAAGCACUUCAAAGGGAGCUUUCAAGGGAUGUUUCUUCGUUUAGAAUAAAAUGUAAAUACUGUGUGACCUCAAAACGGGGAAAACCUCAUCCAUGGAGUAGAAAAGGGGAAGUGCUCCCGUGCAUAGUAAAAUCAGGAACAGCUCUACAACUGCUUCCUAUUCCAAAUAGGGCACCGACAAAGCAGUAAUAACUUAAAGGCUUGAAGCUGCCAAGGAGUUUGACCUGCUUACACUAAAUUCGUGCUCUGGGUUCUUUUCUAGAGAAGUCCUUCUCCUUUCUCUGAUGGAGAUUAACCCUCAAGGGCUAAAGGUUGCUUUGUUCCAUUUCUACAUGUGUUUGUGCAAAUGUGGGACCCCGAGAGACUGCAUUGUGCUGAAACCCAGCACGGGUAUUCUGCUCUCAGAGGUGAAAAGCACACUCAGGAUAACGUGUAUCUGUCUCUUUAUUAGGUUUUUAAGAAUUGUUUUCCUUUGUUCCCUCCCCCAGGCAGAAUGGAAUUCAGGAAGAUGGGAUUACCCUGUGAUAAAGCUGACCCAUUGUGCUGCCUUUCAGCAUUUUCUUUAUCUCAUUUCCAGGGAAGGAACUCCCUCUCUUUCCCAUAAGGCUGUCCCUAUCCUUUUGAUGGGUUUAUACAGGAUUUCCUGCUGAGUCAAUAGCGGAGGAUUGCAGGGAGAUAGCAGUCGGGAUUCGCAGGGAGCCAGUGCUCAGUCGGAGGAGGUUCAGCCCGGCGGAGGCAGAGCAGCGCUGCCUUUUGACUUAUCCCUUGGAGCCCUCCACCCAGUCCCUCCAUGUCCAUAGCCAGCAAGCAUUUCUCUCAUCAUGAGCUCUGAAUUAAACGUUCCAGUGGAUCCUUCCACUCCUGCUUGCUGCUCUGAGCCUGGCACAAAGGGCAUGGAUUAUCGGGACUGGGUCCGGCGCAGCUACCUGGAAUUGGUGACGUCCAACCACCACUCUGUUCAAGCCCUUUCCUGGAGAAAAUUGUACCUGAGCCGAGCUAAACUGAAGGCCUCCAGCAGAACCUCUGCUCUGCUCUCUGGAUUUGCAAUGGUCGCCAUGGUGGAGGUGCAGCUGGAGGUGCAGUACAAGUACCCCCAGAUGCUGCUGAUCGCCUUCAGCGCCUGCACGACGGUGCUGGUGGCCGUGCACCUCUUCGCCCUCCUCAUCAGCACCUGCAUCCUGCCCAACGUGGAGGCCGUGAGCAACAUCCACAACCUGAACUCCAUCAGCGAGUCCCCACACGAGCGCAUGCACCCCUACAUCGAGCUGGCCUGGGGCUUCUCCACCGUCCUGGGAAUCCUCCUUUUCCUUGCCGAAGUCGUGCUCCUGUGCUGGAUAAAAUUCCUGCCAGUGGGCUCCAUCCUGAAAAACGAGACCACCAACGUGGAGAAGCCCAGCAGCCACGCGGGGUGGCAGUCAGCACUGGUGUCCACCAUCAUCAUGGUCCCCGUGGGUCUGAUUUUUGUCGUCUUCACCAUCCACUUCUACCGCUCCUUAGUGCGGCACAAAACGGAGAGGCACAACCGUGAGAUUGAGGAGCUCCACAAACUGAAAGUGCAGCUGGAUGGGCAUGACAGAGGCAUGCAGGUGGUGUGACAGAGCCUGCACACAGCUCAGCUAGGGCUGAGAGCAAAAUACCUGGUCUGCUGCUUGGUGAGACGCACCAGGGAUGGAUUUUCUUGAGGCUUAAAUCUGUAAAUGCUACUUGCCUGCCAUUUCUAGAUGUGGGUUCUUGUGCUGUUCCAUGUGCCCUGGUUCUGGUCCCACACACUUGGUACUUAAGUCGACACUGCCGUGGUGUUCGAGGUCAAAACUUCAUCUACCUUAGCAUUGGUAGCCAAAAAAUCUGUAUUUUUUACAAAUGCAAUAUUCCAUUGCCAAAAGUGAAACUGCGUCGGCUGUCCCAAAAGCCUCUGUGUGUGUGUGUGUAGGAUCUGUCUUACAUGUCAGAACUCCCUGGCUGUCAGUGCAGCCACAAUUAACUGGCAUCUCAUUCCUAGAGCAGAGCUGAUUAAUGUGGGUACCUGCAGCUGACUCAAGGAUAUCCAGGAAAGCACAACAGAAACUGAGAAUGUUGAUCACCAUUGUUCCAAAGCAAGUAUUCCAUAAAUACAGAACUAGAAAGAAAACAGCCUUAGCUUUUAUGUUCUUUUCUUGCUGUUCUUUACUAUAUUUUUACAGCUUGGGAUGUAGAAUUUUGAAUUGCAGGAGGCUGGGAAGUUCUCUCGUACUUUCUUCAGCAGCAUCUGUCACCUUAGGUUGAGUAAGUGCCAAGAUCAUGUGUUUUUUCCCAAUAAGAGGCAAGAGUGCCCAGGGAAGGCUUACAGGUGUUUUACUUUUAACAAGGACAUUCUUAAAACGGAACAGUGACAGGGAAUUUAAUGAGACAAGACUUUGAAGGACUAACAAAGCAAGUUUUAAGGAGGUAAAGGAGUGACAAGCAAGUAUUGUAGAAAUCUGCCACUGUGUCCUUUUUAUUUGUGCAUUGCUGUGAUGCCUUUUGCCCGGUUUGCUGGAGAGAACAAGCCCAGUCCUGUUUAUUUCAUCAUUUGAGGUUUUGGUUUUUUUCUAUUUUUAAUUGGCUGUAGCAUUUUUCUGUCAGAAAUGAAUGCUUCCUUCUCCCUCCACCACAGCAGAUGACUCCUCUGGUGGAACCUGGAGCUGUCCUGGCGAGCCUGAUGGAGCUGGAUCUGGCAGGAAUGCUGUGUGCUAUUAAAGAGCUAUCCCUUUCCUUUGAGCUCAUUUCUUUUUUCAGCAGCUGAGACAAUGACACUUGCAUGUCUGUGUUGCUUGGCAAGGGAAGCUUGUAAAUUCCUUAGCAUCUUCGUGGGUGAAAACUCCUGUAAAAAAAAAAAAACGAUUUUAUGAGUUUUGGUAACUUUGUGGAGAGAAAAAGAGUGUUUUGCAAUCAUCAGCUCUUUUAAGGGAAAGUCAGGCUUUCUGACACACAGGGCUGCAAGAAGCAUAAGCACAUUUUCUUGGCCCUGAUCCUGUGCUGGUUUCCUCCUCUGCACUCCAAAACUGCAGUUUCAGAGUCUCCGAAGCCUUAUAGGUUUCUGAAAUCAUUAAGGAUGUUUAUAACGUUCUAUUUAACCCUGCGCCCUUAUUCCACUGGGAUUUGAGGGCUUUAAUGGCAGUGUAUUACAUGUCAGCUUUCCAGAAGGGACAGUACAUGCAAACCCUAGGGCAGCAGGGUGAGAUUAUCCCAAUAUUCCUCUCUGGCGAGGGCCUUGGGAAACCAACUCUCAUCUCUCUUGUUUACAUGCGAAUGUGAGCGUUGCUGAACAAGUUGCUUAGCACUGUGUCUGUGGCUUUCAUCUGCUGUUCUUGCUGCAGUUGGCAUGUACCAUAUUGGCUGAUGUGCAGCAAAGAAAAUAAGUCUUUGUGUGCUAAAUGACUAAUCUGUACUCAAGUGCAUAUGCAAAAAACAAGGAGUGUCCUCCAGGAAGUGGGGUGGUCGUGAAAUUCAUAUGAACUCCCCAGGACUCUGCCCUCUCUCCCUCCUCUUUUUACCAUAAUAAAAACUAAAAGGUUUAUACAACA